UGUUCGCAGCUGUCCUGUUUCGUUUUCAGGGUCUUUUACCACUCUGUUCAAGAAACGGAGCGUGUAGGCGGAGUGCAGUCAAGGCAGCGUGGACUUACUCGUAAUCGAGGAAAAGCGAUAGAAAUGGGAACGGGUUCGCACGAAGCAGCUGUCGCGAAAUGAACGUCAACGCGGUGGCGCGCGCUCAAUAGUUUACUAGAGUGGCUUCUCUAGCAGCCGCUCCAUGGCUCCAGCCACCGUAUUUUCUACGACCGGCGACGUCGACAGCGACAGUCUCUGGCGGACGACAGCAACUGGCUACUACGACUGUUUCGUAAAUUACUCGGCUACGCGACCAUCAUCGGCCCGGGAGCUUUGGUCGUAUGCUAUGUGCGGAGGAGCAAGUUCUUGGAAAACAGAGGAGGACCCUUUGCUCGUGUAUUGCGACUAUUCGUGCUGGGACAUGAGCCGGACACCAAGCCAAGCCUCGAGCUGGGAGGGAGCAGCGAACCACAGCGACCACCGAAUCGUUCCUUGCUGUCCGAGGCGUUUGUACUGGCCUACUGUUUUCUGGGUCUGCAGGUCUCUUACCUGACCUGGGGCGUGCUACAAGAGAAAAUCAUGACGCAGAAGUAUUACGAGGUGUUCCCGUUAGAUGGACAGCGGUUCAGUGACUCCCAGUUCCUGGUGUUUGUCAACCGGGUGCUGGCGUUCACGCUCAGUGGGCUGUACCUACUGUUCACACAGCAGCCGCGGCACCUGGCGCCCGUCUACAAGUACUCCUACUGCUCCUUCUCAAACAUCAUGAGCAGUUGGUGUCAGUACGAGGCGCUCAAGUUUGUUGCCUUCCCCACGCAGGUGCUGGCCAAGGCGUCCAAAGUGAUACCUGUCAUGCUCAUGGGACGCCUGGUGUCUCGCAAGAGCUACGACUGGCACGAGUACCUGCUCGCCCUCGCCAUCUCUGUCGGGAUGGGGCUGUUCCUCCUCUCCCGAUCGUCCGGAGGCUCUUCCUCGUCUCCCACGAGCAGCAGCCUCUCCGGGCUCAUCAUCCUUGCCAGCUACCUCAUUCUCGACAGUUUCACCUCCAACUGGCAGUCCGAGCUGUUCCGCACGUACCGCAUGAGCUCAGCGCAGAUGAUGUGCGGUGUAAACUUCUUCUCGUGCCUGCUGACGUUCGUGUCGCUGCUCCAACAGGGAGCGCUCACGGCUUCACUGCGCUUCAUGUUUCGCUUCCACGCAUUCUUCUACGACUGCCUGCUGCUCUCCAUUUGCUCCGCGACGGGUCAGCUCUUCGUCUUCCACACCAUCGCACAGUUCGGACCCGUUGUCUUCGUGAUUGCCAUGACGAUACGACAGGCAGUGGCGGUGUUGCUUUCGUGCCUCAUUUACGGACACCAGCUGGGUGCGCUCGGCAUUGUUGGCGUCCUCAUCGUCUUCGGUGCCGUCUUUUCCAAGAUCUAUCUGCGUCAGCGUGCUGCCUAAUGUCUUCUUGACGCUCAGUAUAACUGACUUGAAAAACAUAUCUCCCAUCCCGAGUGAUUUCAGAAUCUCCUCACUUCGCUGCUAGGUUGUGUUCACUGCUGUCGGUAGACACGAAGCGCUUAGGUUUGCUGGUCGAAACAUUUGCCCGAUCUUGGGGAAGAUACCCAUGGACCUAUCUGUUUCAGCGCCUGCUUGAUCUGCUAAUGCUUCAUUCAGUAUUACUAAACCGCAAACCUCCCCUGCCCAGCCCGCUUCCCUCUCUUAAACAUUCCCUGAUCCUCCUCAAUUGCCGGGUUGCCCUUGUUGCUCAUGGAAGACUUAAUUCAUAGGUGUUUGCCGGUCAGAACAUUGACUUGAUCUCAGGCUUUUUUGUGCUCAAGACUUGUGGCCAGGGCGAAAACCUGCGUACAGUGCAGACUACACCACGAUUCUCAAGUGCAGUCUCGCCCUGCUAUAAUUAGCUCCGAUAACCACACCAGCGCCGCUUCGCAGGAUAUGCGCACUGAAGUCCUACAGAGAGUUCUAACCCGACUUGGACGAUCGAAGGACGGCGGCAGGAGAGAUGCAAAGCCACUGCACCUCAGCGAUAGUUGCUACUGUGCCAUUCCCCUCCACGUGCGGAAUGUGCCAUCCGUCGGUGGAGCUCCCCUGCACUGUCACUUUGUGUGACACCAUCGUGGAUGCAGGUGCACCCCUCCAUUCCACCUGGUGCGUCUGUUGCCAGGAGGUGAACAGCUCCUGAAGCCUCGGAUUGCUGAGACGGGACAGGUGCUGUCGCAUGAGGUCGCGCGACACGACCUGUGUGCCUGGUCCACCGUGGAGUGCUGCGUACAACACGAAUGGGUCGUCGUGCGACCUGCGACAUACAAAUAAAUAUAUGUUCAGUAUUGAUUGAAA